AUGUGUGACGACGAUGUAGCAGCUCUUGUUAUUGACAAUGGUAGUGGUAUGUGCAAAGCCGGUUUUGCCGGCGACGAUGCUCCACGUGCCGUAUUUCCAUCGAUUGUUGGUCGACCACGUCAUCAAGGUGUCAUGGUUGGUAUGGGCCAAAAAGAUUCCUAUGUCGGUGAUGAAGCACAAUCAAAACGUGGUA